AAAACGAAAGCAUUCCGGGCUGGAACCGGGAUGAGAGUCAGGACUCCUAGGAGAGGGAGUGCACAAGCUAUCCAGCGCUAGGACCCCGGAAGGCUGGGGAGGGAUUUCAGCCCCUGUCACCCACUGACACGGGCUGAGUGGGGCCAGGGGUAGGGUGUCUGCCCCCCCCCUCGGGGGGGCAGGACAGGGCCUCAGGCCUGGGUGUCGCCUGGCACCUGGAAGAUGCCUGUGCCCUGGUUCUUGCUGUCCUUGGCACUGGGCCGAAGCCCCAUGGUCCUCUCUCUGGAGAGGGCUGUGGGGCCUCAGGACGCCACCCAAUGCUCUCCGGGCCUUUCCUGCCACCUCUGGGACGGCGACAUUCUCUGCCUGCCGGGGAGCAUCGUGCCUGCCUCUGGCCCCGUGCUGGUGCCUACACACCUGCAGACAGAACUGGUGCUGAGGUGCCGCCAGGAAACCGACUGUGACCUUUGUGUGCGUGUGACUGUCCACUUGGCCGUGCAUGGGGACUGGGAGGAGCCUCAAGAUGAGAAAACAUUUGGAGAAGCAGCAGAUGCAGAACUUGAGGAGCCUAGAAAUGCUUCUCUCCAGGCCCAAGUCGUGCUCUACUUCCAGGCCUAUCCUACUGCCCGCUGCGUCCUGCUGGAGGUGCAAGUGUCUGCUGCCCUUGUGCAGCCUGGUCAGUCUGUGGGCUCGGUAGUAUUUGACUGCUUUGAAGCUGCCCUGGGAGGUGAGGUGAGAAUCUGGUCUUACACUCAGCCCAGGUACCAGAAGGAGCUCAAUCUCACACAGCAGCUGCCUGACUGCAGGGGGCUCGAAGUCCGGAACAGCAUCCAGAGCUGCUGGGCCCUGCCCUGGCUCAACGUGUCUGCGGAUGGCGAUGACGUGUGCCUUGUCCUGGACAUCUCUGAGGAGCAGCACUUUAGCCUCCUUCUGUACUGGAACCAGGUCCAGGGGCCCCUGAAGCCCUGGAGGCAAAGAAACCUGACUGGGCCACAGACCAUUACCUUGAACCACACAGACCUGGUUCCCUGCCUCUGUAUCCAGGUGUGGCCCCUGAGGCCCGACUCCAUCAGGACGAACAUCUGCCCCUUCAGGGAGGAUCCCCGUGCACACAGAAACCUGUGGCGUGCUGCCCAGCUGCGGCUGCUGUCCCCACGGAGCUGGCGGCUGGACGCACCAUGCUCUCUGCCCGUCCAGGCAGUGCUAUGCUGGCAGAUACCAGGUGGGGGCCCCUGUCAGCCGCUGGUCCCUCCGCUGUCCUGGGAAAAUGUCACUGUGAACGAGGCUCACCAGUUCCCGUUGCUGAACGGCCACCCUAACCUCUGUGUCCAGGUGAGCAGCUGGGAGAAGCUGCAGCUGCAAGAGUGCUUGUGGGCUGACUCCCUGGGGCCCCUCAAGGAUGAUGUGCUGCUGGUGGAGACACGCGGCCCCCAGGACAGCAGAUCACUCUGUGCCUUGGGACCCAGUGGCUGUACCUCACUGCCCAGCAGGGCCUCCACGAUGGCUGCUCGCCUCGGAGAGCACUUACUACAAGACCUGGAGUCAGGCCAGUGUCUGCAGCUGUGGGAUGAUGACCUGGGAGCGCUAUGGGCCUGCCCCACGGACAAAUACAUCCACAAGCGCUGGGCCCUGGUGUGGCUGGCCUGCCUCCUCUUUGCCGCUGUGCUUUUCCUCCUCCUGCUUCUCAAAAAGGACCACGUGAAAGGGUGGCUGAGGCUCUUGAAGCAGGACGUCCGCUCGGGGGGGGCCACCAGGGGCCGCGCGACUCUGCUCCUCUACUCGGCCGACGACGCGGGCUUCGAGCUCCUGGUGGGCGCGCUGGCGUCGGCGCUGUGUCAGGUGCCGCUGCGCGUGGCCGUGGACCUGUGGCGCCGCCGAGAACUGAGUGCGCAGGGGCCCCUGGCCUGGUUCCACGCGCAGCGGCUCCAGACCCUGCAGGAGGGCGGCACCGUGGUCUUGCUUUUCUCGCCCGGGGCCGUGGCGCUGUGCAGCGAGUGGCUCCCUGGAGAGCUGCUUUCAGCCCCCGAGGGCCCCGGGGCCGGGACGCGGAUGGGACCUGGGGCGGGGGACAGUACCGGAAUAAAGGCAGAUGCUGUUUUUCUAUCCACGCGGCGCACACGUGUCUCUGCGGUGGAGCGGCCGGGCUGGCACGCCGCCUUUCCAGCCCCGCGGCCCUUUAAAGCGGGGACAGGUGCCGCUCGGCGCCGCUUCUGGUUGGCUGGCGCCCAGGGACGCCGUGGCACAUGGCCCGCCGCCAUUGGCUGGACGGCGGGCUCCGCCUCCCGGACUGCGGCGCCGGGGGAGGCCGGACGUUUCACGCAGGCGGUGGCAGCGACGCGCUGGGGAGCCCGAGCCCGCGGCGCCCGCAGGCUCGGCGGGUGGCCUCCUCCUCCGCGCGGUCCCCGCGGGCCUGGAUCCUUCCCUACCGGCUCGUGGGCCGUGCCUUUGUCAGCCUGCGCGGCCCGAUCCUGGCCCCGUCUCUUCAUAUCCGGCUCCGGGCUCCUCCCCCCAAGACCUGGGUUCCGGACACCUCCCCCCGGACCGCCCAUCCGUCCUCCUCUCCCUCAGUGCUUGGAAUCUGACCUCUCCCUAACGGUGCUGACCCAGCCCCUAAUAACCUUUGUUCAGACCCCAAACAAUGGGCUGACAUCUGUCCCCUUGCUGAGGAUCGAGGCCACCCUCUCCCCCACGGUAACGGGGAUAACUUAUUUUUCUUCUAGAAUUACGGAUUAUGCAUCUUUCCCCACCCAUUUCCGCUGGCCUGCAAUACCGCAGUUUGGCCUCCUUUACUUACAAUAA